AUGGAGACCGCAUCGCAAGUUCUCAACCAUGCUAACGAGGUGUACGCCCGCUCCGGCGGCGCUACUGGCGGCGACGCCAACCGUCCGCCAGCAUUUAAAGCGAUCGGCAUCGGGCUAGCGGUUGGAUCUGGCGCCUUCAUCGGGACUUCCUUUGUCCUCAAAAAAGUCGGCCUGCUCAAGGCUAACGAAAAAUACAACGAGGUAGCUGGCGAAGGGUAUGGGUAUCUCAAGAAUUUCUACUGGUGGGCCGGCAUGACUCUCAUGAUAUUGGGGGAAGGGCUCAAUUUUGCCGCCUACGCUUUUACCGACGCUAUUUUGGUCACACCAUUGGGCGCCCUUUCCGUCGUUAUCACCACCGUUCUCUCGGCUAUCUUCCUCAAGGAACGCCUCAGUAUGGUGGGUAAGGUUGCCUGCUUUCUCUGCAUCGUUGGCUCUAUAGUCAUCGUCAUGAACGCGCCAGAAUCGUCCUCGGUCGCCAACAUCCAAGAGAUGCAAUCGUUUGUCAUCCACCCAGCCUUCUUGACCUAUGCCGGUGUGGUCCUUGUGGGCUCGGCGAUCGUGGCGUUCUGGCUCGGACCAAAGUAUGGCAAGAAGAACAUGUUGGUAUACAUCUCUAUUUGCAGCUGGAUUGGCGGUCUGAGUGUUGUGGCAACUCAGGGGCUGGGCGCUGCCAUCAUUGCUCAGGCUGGAGGCACACCGCAGUUCAACCAGUGGUUUCUAUAUGUUCUGCUGGUUUUUGUCAUUGGAACUCUUUUAACUGAAAUCAUCUUUUUGAAUAAAGCGUUAAACAUCUUUAACGCAGCCCUUGUCACGCCCACCUACUAUGUUUACUUCACCAGUACGACGAUUAUCAGCUCAGCAAUUUUGUUCCGCGGCUUCAAGGGAACUCCUACGUCGAUCAUUACGGUCGUCAACGGAUUCUUGACCAUCUGCUCGGGUGUUGUCCUCCUCCAGCUGUCCAAGUCUGCGAAGGACGUUCCCGACGCGGCCGUAUUUACUGGUGAUCUAGACCAGAUUCACACCAUCGCCGAGCAAGCACAACCCGAAACAGAGCCUAAAGCGGACGCUAUCCGAGGAACAGCUGCUAUUGUUAGGAGGUUGUCCUCCGCAAGGCAGAAAAUGGAAAUCGACGAACUCAAACGACUCCACGACGAGAAGCUCCAGGAAGGUCUUGCCCCGGUAAGCGAGGAUGGCGCACCGCAGUACGAGUGGGAUGGCAUCAGACGCAGGAGGACCGGCACGUUUAGUUCACAUAGGACCGGAACACCGGCGAGUACCAAUCUUGCGCCCCCAACUCCCCACCCACCCCUGGGCUGGUCUCGUUUCCCGACCGACGAAGAGCUCGCCGAGGAGAACCGACCGCUCUCUCCAGGUCUCUCCAGUAUCGUCGGCACCAUCCGCACCCGCGCCCGCAGCGUCCUCCUUCCGGGCCACCCAGAUUUCCGUGCCAGAACUCCGGACACGGGCAAAGUACAAUCGCCCAUGCACCCGGUGCAGCUCACCUCCGUGGCCGUGGCCAGCGCAGACGCCCCAUCCGGCGACGACUCCCGCCAUAUCCAGUUCAGUCAGCCACCUCGUCAACAUUCGGGGGCUAGCGGCGACUCAACCAUGUCUUCCCUCCCCCCAACGCCUCCGCCACACCUUACCGCCCGCCGCCAGUUCUCAUUCCAGAACAUGUUCCGGCGAAACCAGUCAAACGCCAGCCCCCUUGCAACCGAAGCCACCCCCGAUCACCACCACCCCUUUGGCCGCCCAACCUCAUCCCGCCACGGUAUCUCUUCGCGUGGGUAUAGUAGCCCACAGGUCCGUGGCGCCACCGAGGAGGAAAGACUUGGUCUUGUCAAGGGUGACUCCAACUCUAGCCAGAACGCAAAGUCAAUGCCUGCACUACCACGCUACGAUGACGAUGAUGAUGUCAGCAGUGAUGGUGAUAGCGACAUAGAGAAGGAAGCGUACCGUGAUGGAGACAAGUCUCGCACUGGCGGGAUGUACGGCCAUAGCAUUACACACGGAUAUGCCCCUACACCAGGAAGCAGUCCACCACGGACGUGGCGCCGGGCACCGGAAGAAAAGACUGCGGUUGGGUUAGGGUUAAAGGAGAGUGGGAAAGAUGGCGAAAAGGGAGCUGGAGUUGGUCAGGAGGACGAGGUGGAGCAGUAUGAGCAACAGAGGAGGAGGUUUGAAGAGAGGCGAUCAAGUGGGGAUCAGAAUACUCGCAGUAGCGGGAGUCAAGAGAGGGAGGGCCCGACACCCCCGCCGCAUGGGGGCACGUAUCGCAGCCGCCAUGGGGGUGGGUUCAUCUGA